AUGGGAGAUGUAGGUCAAGACCAAGCUGCCAUAAACGCUCAACUCCUAGACGCCAAUGAAGAGCUGAGGGCGAGUCUUAGGGCUAUCACUGCCGAGCUUACUCAGCUAAGGCAGGGAGGCCGUCCCAACGGACCUCGACCACCCAGAAUGAACCAGCCGGAUCCGCAUGACACUGACUCGGACGCGGACAGUACUGAUGAUACGCGCAGUCAGGACGAAGACAUGCCUAACCAGGGAGGAAGGAGGAACGCGCCAGGACGCCGGGCCCAAGUAGGAGGAGGCCGCGACUAUAGAGGGGGGCGAGAUCGAGAGGAUGAAGAGCCAUGGCUAGGAGGCAAGGCGCUUAAGCUGAAUCCCCCAACGUUUGCCGGCAAGGUUGAUCCAGAUGCUUAUAUCGUAUGGGAGAAGCGCAUGGAAUACAUCUUCGGCUAUUACCAGUAUAGCGAGGCCAAGAAGGUCGCCCUAGCAGCAGCCCAGCUGACGGACAAUGCCCUUUCGUGGUGGGAUCGAGACGUCGCCAAGUCCGGACCAGGAACUAAGACCGUGGAGGAAUAUUAUGAGGAGUCCGAUGCACUUAGGAAUAAGCUAGAUACCGACGAACCCGAAGAGACGAUGAUGUCCCAAUUCCUGGAAGGACUGCAAGAUCGCAUUGCCCGCAAAGUGGAGAGACAACAUUAUGAAGACUUCAACGACCUACUGCACUUUGCUACGCAAGCCGAGCAGCACAUCAAGCGCAAGACGGCCAGUACCAGUCGCAGCAAACCCGCGUGGACUCAACCGGGUGCAAAACAAGGCGACAAGGGCAAAGCGAUUAAGGUCGAGAGCCGAUUCAAGACGAACCAGGCUGACUCGUCCAAUGCGCCCAAACCAGAGCAGGGUAAGACUCAAGCCCAAACUUUGCGUACUCGUGACAUUGUUUGUUAUAAGUGUCAGGGCAAGGGACACUACACCCGGGAUUGCCCAAACAAACGAGUAAUGGUCCUAAAGGGAGAUGGCGAGUAUGAAUCCCAAGAUGAGGCAGAGACCGCAGCCGUGAUCUCGGAUGAGGAAGUGACCGACUACCCGGAGACAGGCGAGCUACUAGUGACCCGGAGAGCUCUUAGCACCCUCUUUGAUCCAGAAACCAUCCAGCGGGAGAACAUCUUUCACACAAGAUGUAGUAUUGAUCACAAGGUAUGUAGCUUGAUCAUUGAUGGUGGUUCUUGUACUAACAUGGCUAGCAAGUAUCUUGUUGAUAAGUUGGGGUUAGUCAAAACUGCCCAUCCUCGGCCAUACCAUCUCAAAUGGCUCAAUGACGAGACUGAGCUUAAGAUUGCCGAACAAGUUGUUGUAUCCUUCGGUAUUGGCAAGUAUCAUGACCAGGUCAAGUGUGAUGUUGUACCCAUGCAAGCCGGCCAUAUACUUCUAGGAAGGCCAUGGCAGUUUGACAAGGAGACUCUUCACCAUGGACGUACCAACAUCUAUAGCUUCACCCACAACAACAAGAAGCACAGCCUAACACCUCUCAGCCCCCAAGAAGUUCAUGACAUGCAGAAGGCAAUGGCACAGUCCAGCCAGGAAGGAUGUUUUGCAGGAUUUGAGGCUCCUGAAGUACCAGAUGUAGUACAAAACCUCAUGGGACGUUACAAGGAUGUCUUUCCUGAUGAGAUCCCAGCCGGCUUACCCCCUGUCCGUGGCAUAGAACAUCAGGUCGACCUUGAAGGAGAUGAGUGGAAAACCGCCUUCAAGACCAAACAAGGACUGUACGAGUGGCUGGUGAUGCCAUUUGGCCUUACCAACGCCCCUAGCACAUUCAUGAGGCUUAUGAAUGAGGGCCUGAAGGUUGAUGAGGAGAAGAUCAAGGCGAUACAAGACUGGCCGACCCCGACCACGAUCGGACAUGUCCGCAGCUUCCAUGGACUGGCCAGUUUCUACCGACGAUUUGUGAAGGAUUUCAGUACCAUCGCCGCCCCAAUGACCUCUGUGAUCAAGAAGAAUGUAUCCUUUACUUGGGGUCCUGCCCAAGAGGAGUAUUUCAACCGGCUUAAAUAUAGUUUGACACACACACCGGUCCUAACUCUUCCUGAUUUUGAUAAACCUUUUGAGAUUGAGUGUGAUGCUUCAGGGACAGGAAUAGGAGCCUACAAGAAGGGAAAGGACAACGUAGUGGGAGAUGCUCUAUCCCGGCGCCACACCCUCAUUACCACCAUGGAGGCUAAGAUCUUGGGUUUUGAACAACUUAAAAUGUCUUAUGAAACUGACCCUGAUUUUUCUGAGCUUUACAGUAACACGGCUAAGGGAGCCAUGGGUCCAUUCUAUCAGCAGGACGGGUUUCUUUUCAAGGAGAAACGCCUGUGCAUUCCUCAUGGUUCCAUGUGA